GAGUUUUCGCAUUGAAUCUUGAACCCUUUGUGCUGUGACUUUGAGACCUUGAUGUGCACGAUGGCAAAUGCCUCCCGUCGAAGUUCAUAGUCUGUGGAUUGGCGAGAGCUUUCCAGACUGGCUGCCUCACUGCGUGGCAUCAUACAUCCGCACAGGGCAUGUGAUCAAUUGGUGGAUCUACCCUGAGGAAAGGGAGAGAGAUUUCGAGCUACUCCAAUGCAACGAAGUUGGACAGCGCCUUUUGGCUUCUCCUCUUCUGAGAUUGCGCGAUGCUAAUGAGCUGCUUCCCUUGGAGCUUGCCCGGAAGAUGUUCUUCUACGGUGUUGGACCUGAGAGGAAGUGGCAGGGCUGGGCGCCCUUCAGUGAUUGGUUUCGCUAUGAGCUCUUGUCAAGGCAUCCUGGGAGUUGCUGGGUAGAUGCUGAUAGCUUCAGCUUGCAAAACCUUGGGCAGCUGAAUCUGCAGGCGUCGCUGCUUUGUGCCACCGAAAAGCACCGCAAUGACCGUCGCACCAUCGGUGCAGCACAGGUCGUGGAGGGUGGCUGGUCAUUGCCGCCUACCACGCUUCGGGGCUUCCACUCCUGGGCUGCCAAGGCGACCUCAGAUCAGCCAGGCUGCAUGUGUCUUGUCACCAACAACUUCCUCUUCGCGCCUACUCGCUGUGAAGCUUGCUACGAGGGCAAGACCAAAACGCGCGUCGCGCCUCUUUGCUCUCCAAAGUGUGGACGGUGCUGGGCGCAACGAACUUUGCAAAGCUUGGCCGAGCAAAUGAGGAGCGUUCUGGAACGAGGUGGGCGGGGCAUUGUGGGGACCCACGGAAUGAAGCUGCUGCAACGUGCCGUGCGGCAGGGCGGCCCUGAGUUGGUGCAGCUCUUGCAUUGGUCAAAGUUCAAUCCCGUGGAGGCCACAGAAGCCCGUCGGAUGCAUCAAAUCCUCGAGGGGCAGGAGCCGUAUCCUGGCAACGCGUACAGCCUGCACAUCUUUCGCCAGGUACGUGACGAGUGGGCUAAGUUGGGCUACGUGCCCGCAAACGAGUUUCGCGUGGCAUCAAGAGGUUGGGCCCGGCCAAAGAUGACCUUGCUCGUUCCACAAGGCCCCAAGCGGAGCUUCUUGUCAAUGUUGAUAGCUUCUCGCAGGGCCAAGGAGACCAAAGAAGUUUCUGAACUGCUGGAAGAGGCUCUAGAGGUCAAGAAGGCAAAGAAGCAAAGUCAACAGAAAAGAGAACUUGCUCUAUUUUGCUUUUUUGUAUCCUUUUGUGCUUGGGAAGAGGGGCUCCAGAAGUCCAUGAGAAGAGUGGUGUGACGAUUGGUUUCUAGGUCUUUGGCAAGAUGAGGGCUGUGAUGCAGAGAUGAUCGAAGAGCUUU